AAAUUACUAAAAUUGAUGCAAAACAGGUCCGUCAACGAUAGGGCAUUCAAACCAAACACAAAUCAGUGCAGCAGAGGCAAUAAUCAUUUGCUACUAGAAGAUAACCUCAAUUCUGGGGAGGACGAUCUUCUUCUGAAUAUGAAUAUCGAAGUCAGCCAAACAUAUGAUAAUACAAAGAAGUAUCAAGGGUAUGAAUGGAAGCCCAGACAAUCAUCUAGGAAGACAAAGAAGCAGCAAAGCAAGGGUAGAAAACCAAGAGGCAAGCAAGAAAUACAACCUAUCAGUAGUAACAAUAAUAUGAACGUGUCCUUGUAUGAGCCUUCCUCAAUUGCAGUCAAUGAUAUCUCUGCCGGUGAGAAGAAUUCGCAUAAAUUAAGGUUAGAGGAAUUUUCAAAUAAAAAUGCAGAGGCAAAAUUAAAGAAAAAUCUUCAGUUCAGAGGAAAAUUACCGAAGAAAUCUAACCGUGAGAAGUCUACUCCUAGUAGGAUCAACCAGGAAUAUUGAGAUACUUACGCAAUUGCUACUUCUAUAGAGGGUAAUGAUGGAUCCUGUGUGAAAACGAGUAGUACCGACCAAUAUCAGAAUUAUUUGAAUAAUGUGACAGGAACCCAUGAGAGCAGCAUAGAAAUCGAUCAAAAUAUGGGAAAUCUGUCUUUCAUGGAGCCCAAGAAUAAAUUUGAAUUCGAGCAGAUCAAUAUUAAGAAAGGAAAAAUGAGAUCAUCCUCAAUUUCUUCAAGUAAAAUUUCCCUCAUUUCAGAGACAACCUCUUCUAAUGAGCUCAUUGGCUGGAGUUACCAGUGAACUAGAGAUGGAAAACUAUGAAAUAUGAGCAAAGAUUUCGAAUGGCAACAACUCUACUGAAGCAGAUACGUUAAUGAAAGAGUUGAACAUGAGCUAGCUGAAUUCAAGGAAGAAAUUGAAAAUAAAUUCAGUAAAGCUAAGAGUAAGAAUUUCGUUUUCCCUAGAAAAAAUUCUAAGAGCAAGGAGAGAGUAACUCACGAAGAGCCUAUCAUCCUGAGCAAAAAUUUUAUAAUUAAUAGUAAUAUUGAAAGAAUUCAGGACAAGAAAGUUUUCGAUGAUUCCUUGAUCAAGACUUUUGAUGAAGAGAACAAGCACAAGUUUUCAAAAUCUGAUACCAGGACUAGUACAAAUUCUAAGAGCAGGAAAUCUAAACAUAAAAGACAAUCAACACUUUUCAAGUUUACUAAGGGGGAUGGCACCAAUCGGGCAAAGGUAAUUUUGAACACGAAUUCAAAUUGAAGUGUUGAUACUCAGCCAAUAUCUCUUGAACAGCUGACCCAGAAGGCUAAAGCGGUGAAGGCUACUUCUGAGGCUGCGCGAUAUAAAGGUCUUGAACAGAAAAUGAAAAAUAAGAAUCCAGACUUCCCAAUUUCAAACAAUACUGACCAAGCAUGGUUUAAAUCUGUGAUCAACUCAAAACAGCAUUCUUGCAAGAAGACUUCACUACAUUCAAGAUCUGUCAGCAAGAAAUCAGGAAGGAAGAGCAGAGGGAACAGCCAAUCAAAGAAAAGUAGGAAAGAGAAGAAUUUAACCAUCGAGUUAAAUAACGUUUCUAAGGUUCCAAAAUAAUCUUACUAGCGUUCAAAAUAGUUCUCACAAUAAGGCUUCGAGAUACAAUCAACUGGUUGGGUCUUGAAACCCUACUUUGCUGUAUCAGACCCAUCAGUCCCUUCCGAAAAAGAAUAAAUUUUCUGGCCCAACGAGUCCAAAGGAAACAAAUAACAUCCAAUUACUGAGCAAGAAAUGAAUUAUUAAAAAGGAUAAGAACGAUCCCUCCUUAGCUUUCAAGCUAAACCAGAGCUUGAAAUUCACUUCUUCUAGGAAGAAUGAUAAGAAGAAGCAGAAUAGCAAGAGAUCAAGCUCAAAACCCAAGACUAACUCUGGCACUAGGUCAUUGACCAAAUAUGGUACUAAGUCAAAGAUGUAUAGUCCCCAUACAUCUAGACGAGAGAACCUUCCUUUUGAAUAUAAAGAGAAUGCGAAGAAACUUGACAAAACCUAUAGGAAAAUGGUUAAGAAUGCUGGAUUGGCCUCUUCAAAAAUCUCGUCAUGGACUGAUGUAGUUGAAAAUAUAGCAAACUCUGAAGUCAACUCUAACAUCUACAGAAAUAAAGAAAAUCAGGAUACAAAUGUUCCUUCUCACAAGAAAACAAAAUCUUGCAAAAGAAAUGGUAGUACUAAAAGGAAGAGUAAGAAGCAUCAUUUGUCUGUCGGACUUGGAUAUGAAUCUAAUACUAUUGACAACACAAGCCAGAAUACUUUCGCAACACAGUUGAUUUCCCUGAUCCAUCAGUUGCACUCCCCUAAGGAAGAGAAAUCCCACAAUGCUUCUCACUCAAAGGCCUAUAAUCAGAAUUUCAAGAAGAUCAUUCAUUCCAAGAGUGGGCAGCAUUAUAAGGCCAAGAGCAAGAGCUCGAUGCAUAGUAGGUCAAACACUACAGAUAAUCCUCACAAAAUCAGAAGGAUUACCCAGAUCAACAAGGGAAAUAUCUCAACGUCUCUGAACAACGAGAGGUCAAGGAAGGGUUGUAAGAAGGCAAGGAAGUCUUUAAAGACCUCUAAAAGAAAUGAUGGAAGUCAAAAGCAUAGAAGUUCUUGCAAAUACUCUAGUAUUCCAAUGGCGAAGAAGAAGGGAGCCAUAGAUGGGUUUACUAACCACGGGGAGUCUACCAUUAGCGACAACAAGUAUUCGAUAAAUGCGAAACAUCACAAGUCUAUGCUAGGCGAAAGAGGAGGAACACUAAAUUCAAUGGGCCCAAUGAUGAAAAGUUUUUGCCUUAAUAGUGCCAAUUCUACAUGGAUUAAUAAUAAAUAA